AUGGCUCUGCAAACCAAAGAGCCGGCCUUAAUCCCUAUCCAAGACGUCCAAACUAGGUGGAACUCUACCUUCCUGAUGCUCAAUCGUGCCAAAACCCUACAGCCUUUCUAUGACCAGUAUUGUGCAGAUCAUCAGUAUCUCUAUUUCAGGCUUGAUCAAGAAGAGUGGCGACGGGUUGAAUAUCUUCUUCUUCUCACAAAGCCCUUUUUCGACUUUACCAGCAUGUUAUCAAAGAGUAAAGAUAUUACUGCCCAUAAUAUCUAUGGUAUUUACAACAAGCCAUUCUCGCACCUUGAUGAUGCCGAGGCCAAGCUCAAGAAUAAAGGGGUUGUUUGGAAGAAGCGCAUGCUCCAGGCUCUCCAGACUGCAAAAAAGAAGCUCUCGAAGUAUUAUACUGCCACUGAUCAUGAACCUUACGGUGAUAUCUAUGCUCUUGCAACAAUCCUUUGCCCAUCAAAGAAACUCCGAUACUUUUCAUCAAUUCUGAAACGAGAGUUCAAUCGAUACAAAGAGCUACUUCACCAUAACUCAGAUCCUACAGCAUUGGAUGAUAUAUUUAGUGAGGCUGUUGAUGAUAAUAAUGACUGUGAUCUUGAUGCUGCCUGUGCUUCCCAGAGCCAGCUACCCGAGGAGCUCACAAAGCCUGAAGAUGAUGAGAUCGCAAGAUAUCUUGCCCGGGGGAUUGAGAGACAGAAGCCCCGAGUUUUCUGGAAGGACCAUGAGAAUGAAUUCCCUAUCCUUGCAAGGAUGGCACGGGAUAUUCUCUCUAUCCCUGCCAGUGGUGCUGGUGUGGAGCGAUUGUUCAAUUGUGCCCGUGAUAUCUGCCACUAUCGCCGCGUUCGCAACCAACUUUGA